AUGCUAGCUUUGUUGCGCUCGCAGAUGGGCGCGUUGACGCUCCGUCCAGUCGCUCGCAGCGCUUUUGUGACCCAAUCCGCACUGUCUACAACUGCGGAAGGUGCGGACGCUAAACCUGGCGCAAUCGACGACGAUACGGCCGCUUUUCUGAACUCCACGUCGCCUACUUCGUCCGAGCCCCGGACUGUGAAGACUGUAAAGCGCGCGAUCCGUUCGAGCCCCCGCAAGCUGGCGUACUUGGCUCAGCAGCUUCGUGGCUUGUCUGCCACGGAAGCUCUUCUGCAGAUGAAGUUCUCCCCCAAGCGCAAGGCCGAGAUCUUUCACAAGACGGUGCAAAAUGCGAUCAAUUUGGCGGAUAUCAAGUACCAGAUUGAGCCGGAAAACCUCCUGGUGGCCGAGUGCUUUGUGAACAAAGGCGUGUACCUCAAGCGUAUGCGGAUCAUGGGUCGAGGACGUUCGGGUGUCAUGCACCACCCACACACGCAUUUGACGGUGGUGCUGCGUGAGUUUGAUGCAUCCAAGAAGCCACUGAACCGUCACUUGACAAAGAAGCUAGCCCGCGAGAACGCCGCAAAGGCGCUUGCACACGAGACGAGUGGACGAGAAUAG